AUGGAGAUCUCCAAGAAAAGCUUGAACCUGGAGCUCUUAGUGUUUCUGUUAUUCAAUGUGUUUAUAGUUUCAUGCAUGGCAAAAAAGAACAUCACUGUUCUCAACUGGGUGCUGGAGGAGAAGAAUUUUACUCGGUUAUGUGAAACCAAGUCAAUCUUGACAAUGAACGGAAUGUUUCCGGGGCCAACCUUGUAUGCUUACAAGGGUCAGAGGAUCAAAGUGAAUGUGGUGAAUCAAGGGUCAUAUAAUGUUACCAUUCACUGGGAAAGCGAAAAGAUACAAGGGGGAGUGGAGGGCAAGGAGGGUGGGUUGUGGAACUUUUGGUUGGUAGAUAGGAAGACUGAUAGAAAAGGAAAGGAAGAGAUGGAAGGCUUUCCUUCCCUCUUUACAAAUCAAUCGGUCCAGCCUUGGGCUGAAAGUUGGAUGAGUGGAUGUAUGCGAGAGUCCACUACCAGGGCUAGAACGAAAGAAAGGGACCUCUCCGUAGCGCGUGCGCGCGGGCAUGGAGUAAAGCAACCGAGAAAUCCAUGGUCUGAUGGACCAGAAUAUGUGACACAAUGUCCUAUCAAACCAGGAGCAAAUUUUACUUAUGAGAUCAUAUUGUCAACUGAAGAAGGAACUCUAUGGUGGCAUGCUCAUAGUGACUGGACUCGAGCCACUGUACAUGGUGCAAUUGUCGUCUAUCCUAAGAAUGGAACCAACUACCCCUUCACCAAGCCUGAUGGCGAGUUCCCCAUUGUCUUAGCAUCCUGGUUCAAGGGAGAUAUACCGGCAAUUGUGGACGAUGCCCUGAGAGAUGGAACAGAAUUCAAUAUAUCUGAUGCUUUCACCUUCAAUGGUCAACCAGGAGAUCGGUACAAUUGUUCCAAGGACGCGGACGAUAUGUUUAACAUAACCUUUGAUUAUGGAAAAACCUAUCUUCUACGUGUUAUCAACGCGAUCAUGAACGAAGAAAUGUUCUUCAUGGUGGCUAAUCACACCUUCACUCUUGUGGGAACGGAUGGGGCUUACACGAAGCCCCUAGUAACCGAUUACGUCCUGAUAUCUCCAGGCCAAACCAUGGACCUCUUGAUUACGGCAAACCAAACCCCUAGCUACUAUUACAUGGCAGCAAGGCCUAUAGAAGGAGUUGUAUAUAACAACAGCACCACCUCCGCGUUUGUCAAGUACAGUGGAAAUUAUACUGUCCCAUCAUCACCCUCAUUUCCAGACCUACCUUAUUACAAUGAUACAGAUGCCGCGGACACUUUUGUGGACGGGAUUAGGUCAUUGGCUAGCGAGGAACACCCAGUAGAUGUCCCGCAGACAGUUGAUACCCAAAUGUACAUUGUCAUUUCAAUGAAUUCCAAUCCUUGUGCUGUUGGCAACUGCAGUACUAGGCUAGCCUCAAGCAUGAACAACAUAUCCUUUCGGGCGCCGACCACAGACAUAUUGCAGGCUUAUUAUAAGGAAAUCGAAGGGAUUUACACGACAGAUUUUCCUGAUACGCCAUCUCUUUAUUAUAAUUUCACAGGUGACAAUUUUACGGAAAAUAUUGUGACUUCUACGUUGGGUGCACGUGUGAAGGUCCUAGAGUACAACACUACCGUGGAGUUAGUUAUACAGGGGACUAAUGUGCUUAGUGGAGCAGAAAAUCACCCCACGCAUUUGCAUGGUUUUAGUUUUUAUUUUGUUGGAUCGGGUUAUGGGAAUUUCGACAAUGAAACGGGUCCUCAAAGCUAUAAUUUGGUAGAUCCUCCGGAGGUGAACACUGUUGGGGUGCCCAAAAAUGGAUGGGCAGCUGUGAGAUUCAGAGCUGACAACCCCGGGUGUGGUUCAUGCACUGUCAUCUGGAAAGGCAUGCUAGCUGGGCAUGGACAUGGUGUUCAUCGUCAAGAAUGGUCCAACCAGAGAAACGAGUAUGCGGCGGGCUCCUCAUCAACUGAAUCCCUGCUAAUAUUCUCAGAAGCAAAUUUGGUCGAAGAAUCAAUGGAUGUAGCUUAG